AUGAUUCGGAAGCAUCGUCAAUUAAUUACCUAUUACAACACAAGAUUAUCAAGUACUUCCAGAAUAGUUCCAGGAGAAACACUAUCCUGUACAGCAUAUAAACCAAGUAUUGUAGAAAAAGAUAAAUAUGAAAAAUGGGAGAGAUCCAAACGUUUUGAGGCCGAUGUGGGGAAUAACAAACCUGUAUUCAGUAUGGUUCUACCACCCCCAAAUGUUACUGGAAAACUGCAUUUAGGGCAUGCAUUAUCAUGCACAAUACAAGAUGUAAUUGCUCGUAGGAAACGGUCAAUGGGAUAUAAUGUAAUGUGGCUACCAGGCACAGACCACGCCGGUAUUGCAACACAGGGUGUGGUUGAAAAAUAUCUUCUAACUAAACAAAAUACCAGUAAACACUCUUUAGGCAAAGACAAAUUUAUAAAUGAGGUUUGGAAAUGGAAAGAUAAACAUGGAAACAAUAUUUGUAACCAACUCAGAGUGCUUGGCUCUUCAUUAGACUGGUCACGAGAAGUAUUUACAAUGAAUGAGAACCAUACCGAUGCAGUUACUUCAGCAUUUAUAAAUCUAUUUCACAAAGGUUUAAUAUAUAGAAAGAAAGAACUUGUGAAUUGGUGUAAUGCUCUAAAAUCAACUGUAUCUGAUAUUGAAGUAGAUAAUAUUCCUAUAACAGAGGUCACAGAAAGAAUGUUACCGGGUUAUGCAAAACCAGUUAAAUUUGGUCUAAUUUAUAAUUUUGCAUAUAAAGUAUACAACAGUGAUGAAGAAAUAGUUGUAUCUACAACUAUGUUAGAGACUAUGUUGGGAGAUACAGCUGUUGCUGUUCAUCCUGAUGAUGAAAGGUACAAACAUCUACAAGGGAAAAGAGUAGUUCAUCCAUUUAAGGAUGCGACAAUACCUAUAAUAUCUGACACCUUUGUUGACAUGGAUUUUGGUACUGGUGCAGUGAAAAUAACACCAGCCCACAGUAGAAUAGAUUAUACUAUAGCUAAGCAUCACAAGUUACCAUUGUUACAAGUAAUUGAUGAAAAUGGAUGUAUGCAAAACGCUGGAAAAUAUAAUUCCAUGAAGAAAUAUGACUGCAGGGAAGUUCUAGUUAAAGAUCUUAAUGAUAUUGGACUUCUUAAGUCAGUGAGUAAGCACCAAAUGUCUCUGCCUAUUUGUAGCCGAACUGGUGAUGUAAUAGAGUAUUUGCCAAAAGAACAAUGGUUUCUGGCAUGCCAAUCGUUAAAUGAAAGAGCUGCAAAAGUUGUUGAGAAAGGUGAUUUGAAAAUACGACCAGAAAACUUUAUAAAGCAGUGGCAAAACUGGACUAGUGACAGCAGGGAUUGGUGCAUUUCUAGGCAAUUAUGGUGGGGACAUCAGGUUCCAGCAUAUAAAUGCAGCAAAGAUAAAAAUUUUGUUUGGAUUGCUGCAACAAAUGAAACUACAGCAAAAGUGGAGGCAUCUAAAUUCCUGCGAGCUUUACCCGAUGACAUAAUAGUUGAAAGAGAUACUGAUGUGCUUGACACUUGGUUUUCUUCAGCUAUUUAUCCAUUUGCAUCUUUAGGUUGGCCGGAAACAAAACACAUAGAUUAUAAGACAUUCUACCCUUUAAAUCUGAUGGUGACAGGGCAUGAUAUUCUGGGAUUUUGGGUACAUCGAAUGGUGAUGUUAGGCUUAGAAUUAACAGAUAAAUUGCCAUUUAAUGAUGUACUCUUACAUGGAAUUAUUUGUGAUAGUAAAGGAGCAAAGAUGUCUAAAAGCAAAGGAAAUGUAAUUGAUCCCAUUGAUGUUAUAAAUGGUAUAUCACUUGAUGGCCUUAAAGAAAAAUCUUUCAAAAUGUUUGAGGAUGGAGUACUUAGCAAAGAAGAAUUAAAUAAAUCCUUAGCAUAUCACAAAUCAAACUUUGCAAGCACUAAUGGCAUACCUGAAUGUGGCGUCGAUGCGUUACGUUUUACAUUACUAUCUCAAGAUGUAAAAUCUCAUUUCGUUAACUUCGAUGUGCAUCAAUGUAACGCUAAUAAAUUAUUCUGUAAUAAAAUUUGGCAGAGCAUAAAAUAUACACAAAUGUCAUUUUCAAAACUAAGAAAAACAGAAGAUGAAUUGAAACGAGAGGAACUCACUUAUUUCGACAAGUGGAUAUUGAGCAGAUUGUUUGCUAUGGUCGAAAAGGUAAAUCAAAGCUUAGAGAAUAAUAAUUUCCAUCUAGCCACAAAAGCGAUAAGGAGUUUUCUCUAUGGCGAAUUUUGUGACAUCUAUUUAGAAGCUACAAAACCUGGUUUUGAUGAUCACGAUACAAAAAUUGGCUAUGCCCAUGCUCAUACACUGUCUGCAGUUCUAAGCACGGCAUUAAGAUGCCUAUCGCCAUUUAUGAUUUACUUAAGUGAGGAAUUGAUUCCAAAAGUACCCACAUUUGAUGAAAAUAUUAUCAUCAACUUUAAGGACCUAGAUGAAAAAUGUUAUGUUUUUCCUGAAAAAGAGAAUUACAAAUUUUGGAAAAACAUACAGUUAGAGCAGCAAGUAGAGAAAUUAUUGAAAACUAUAUUCUUAAUUCGAGAAAUAAAAGGAUUUUAUGCAAUAUCAAAUAAGGAAAGGCCAGUAGUAGCAAUUAAAAGCCUUGAUGAACAAUUAAUUACAGACAUAAUAAAUAACAAUUUAGUUGCAUUAAACCUCACUAAAUGUAAUAUUUUAGCCAGGAUGAUGGUCUUAAGACUUCUUCUGUUUGGUGUAUUGGCUAUUAAUAGCUGUUUCUGCGUGGAUAGAAAUAACUUUAAGACGUGCGAUCAGUCUGGAUUUUGUAAGAGAUUGCGUGCACUAAAACCCGAAAAGUCCCAGUAUACUUUAAAUAUAGACAGUGUUUUCGUACAUGGAAAUGUUCUGUCGGCUGAAGUCAUUACAGUUAACUACGAAGGAGAUAAGAAAAAUGUUGAGUGGCAUUAUGGCCUCCGAUUAUCAGCAUUAGCAGAUGGUACAUUUAGAGUGGAAAUAGAUGAAGCCGAACCAUUGUAUCCAAGAUACAGACCACAAGUGGCGCUUGAUGGGGAGCCACGAGGAGAUGAACUGAAAUUAAUUUCAAAUGAGAAUGGUAAGCUGACAUUGAAAAAUAGCCAAGGUCACAAGGUAGUGGUAACAGCUGAGCCCCUCAAGUUUGAAUUCAUUGAUAAGAAUGGAGAACCAGCUGUUGUUUUGAAUGACAACGCUCAACUCUUUGUGGAGCCGUUGAAGGUUAGAAAUGGUGAAGGAGAAGAAAAUGAUGUUGAAGCGGGCGACUGGAGUGAAAACUUCAAAUCCCAUCAUGACAGCAAACCUCGUGGAAACGAAGGCGUUUCCCUUGAUGUCGCUUUUCCUGAUGCUGACCAGGUUUAUGGUAUUCCCGAACAUACUGAUGGGUUUAACCUCAAAACGACCACAUCUGGAGACCCAUACAGAUUGUACAAUUUGGAUGUCUUCGAGUAUGAAUUGGACAGUAGGAUGGCUAUAUACGGAUCUAUUCCCGUUAUGUACGCGCAUGGACCAAAGCGCACAGUUGGUGUAUUCUGGCAUAACACUGCCGAAACUUGGGUCGAUGUGGUGAACUACGGCGAGGGCACGGUCGUCUCGUCUCUAGUCAAUUUGGUCACUGGUGGACAAAAGCGACGCGUUGAUGCCAGGUUUAUGAGUGAAAGUGGCGUGGUGGAUAUUUUCGUGCUCAUGGGCGACUCUCCGAGCGACGCGUUCCGUCAGUACACAACACUCACUGGGGUUACACCUUUGCCACCUAAAUUUUCCCUGGCGUACCACCAGUCUCGGUGGAAUUAUGUUGACGAAGCUGAUGUCCGCGCUGUGGACGAAGGCUUCGACGCCCACGACAUUCCUCUAGAUGUUAUCUGGCUGGAUAUCGAAUACACUGACAACAGGAAAUACUUCACAUGGCAACCAAUUAAAUUCGCGCACCCCGCCGAAAUGGUCGGCAACCUAACGACGAAGGGCCGCAAGAUGGUGGUCAUCAUCGACCCUCACAUCAAGCGCGAAGCUGGUUACGUCGUCCACGACGACUGCACAGAGAUGGGCUUGUAUGUGAAGAAUAAGGACGGCAAUGAUUAUGAUGGUUGGUGCUGGCCUGGCUCCUCUUCAUACGCUGACUUCUUGAACCCGGCCGCUUUCAAAUACUUCACCGAGAGAUACAGGUUCGAAAACUUCGUUGGCACCAGCAAGGAUGUGCACAUUUGGAACGACAUGAACGAGCCAAGCGUAUUCAAUGGCCCAGAGAUAACUAUGCCAAAGGAUAACCGUCACUACAAACCUCCUCAAGAUGGGCAAGACGGUCUCGCUUCAUUCUGGGAACACAGGCACAUCCACAAUGAGUAUGGUCUAUGGCACAUCAUGUCCACUCACAAGGGCAUGCUGGACAGAGUCAAUGGACAAUACAGACCUUUUAUUCUGUCAAGAGCAGUUUUCUCAGGCACGCAAAGAUACGCCGCAGUCUGGACUGGUGACAACAUGGCGGAGUGGGGAUUCCUUCUCGCUUCGAUCUCUAUGUGUCUCUCUCUGGCCAGCGCUGGUGUCAGCUUCUGUGGGUCCGACGUGGGCGGCUUCUUUAAGUACCCUGAGGCUGAGUUAAUGACAAGAUGGUAUCAGGCGGCCGCCUUUCAACCGUUUAUGCGCGCGCAUUCCCACAUUGAGACCAAACGCCGGGAGCCGUGGUUGUAUGACUCCACAACCACGUCGCGUCUGCGCGACGCAGUCAGGCGCAGAUACGCCCUUUUGGACUUCUGGUACACACUGUUUUACGAGCACACCCUGGACAAGGUACCAGUGAUGAGACCGCUGUUCACCCACUACCCUAAAGAAGAACAGACAUACACAAUCGACGAUACUUAUUUAUUGGGUGACAAGCUUCUUGUCCGUCCCGUGGUCGAAGAGGGCGUGUCGAGCGUUAAGGUAUACCUCCCGGGAAGAGAAUCCCGAACGGUCUGGUACGAUGUGGAUUCCUUCCAGCGCCAUGACGCCGCUGGAUUCUUCACUCAAGAAGUUACUAUCACCAAGAUUCCAGUAUAUCAGCGUGGAGGCACAAUAAUUCCACGCAAGGAACGCGUGCGCAGAUCCUCAGCACUGAUGCAUGACGACCCCUACACUCUAGUCGUUGCUCUUGAUAUUGACAACACAGCGACCAGCACCCUAUACAUCGACGACGGUGAAACUUACGACUUCAAAUCUAAUAAAUUCAUUUACGCCAAAAUCACAUACGAGUCUUCGGCUAUGAAGUACAUUAUCAUAAACAACGGAAACUACCCGACCCGAUCCUGGGUGGAACGCAUAGUGAUCGCUGGCAUCAAGUCACCCCCCAAGUCGGCGAAAAUGGUCCAAGACGGCAAAUCUACGCCACUUCAGAUGACCAUUCACCGCGGCAACGACGUCCUCGUCGUAAGAAAGCCCGCGGCGCUCAUGGGAAAAGCGUGGGAAAUUCAAUUUUCGUAUUAA